AGAAAAUGAGCCAGAUUACUCCAAAAGAAAUGGAAGUAGACCAGUAUCAAGAAAUGAACACCUUGACCAUGGUUAUUAAUAAGUUCAAGGAUCUUUCGUUAGAGGUUGAGUUACAGAGCGAUCUGACUGAUAAGAAUGUGGCUAGUGAAGCAAAGAGAUUUGUGCGGCAAGAAGCUCUCAAUAGCUCCAAUCCUGAGCCAAUCCAAGAGAUCUGAGCGAUAAUGAAAGAGUUUGAACAAGGCGAAGCUAUUGGAGAAAUUCAUAAGAUCAUCCCUCUCUUGCUUAUUGAAGGAAAGCAAGUGUUAGAAUUUUGAGAGAUUUUAGAGAAAGUAUUGAUUUCUUAUCAAAAUAUUGACAAAUCAGAUUACAUCAAGAUUAGCUUAUACCUUAAAAUCUGAGCUGUAGCUUUGGUGCUAAUGAAUAUCGACUCAAAGAAGUUUCAUAAGAAUUAUAAACAUUUACUUUGAGAAGAGGUUAAGGACUGCUUGAUGUUUAUUCACUACUUGCUACUCGAUCCAGAAAUUUUGGAUCACACAGCGGACAUCAUCAACUCUGUUGAGUUCUUAAUUAUCAAGUGCAUCAAUGACAAAGUGUAUGAAAACAAUGAAUUAUUCGAAAAAUGAGAGGAAAUUAUAUACAAUCUAGUCCUGAAUCCAUCCAAGUGCUACGAGAGUUGCUCGUAUAAUCUAGUGGCUGCUUUGAAUUAUGCAUCAACAGAUGAUUACCACCAGAACUUCAUCGAGUAUUUCUUGCAGACCUUGAUCUCCCUCCAGAAGGAGAGGGAGACUAUGAAAAAUGUGGAGUUUCAGAAAUUAAAGAAAAUAAUCGCUACCAAGAUUGGUGGGGCUGUUUCACUAUUCAUUACCCCCGUUGAGGAGAAAUCCCCACCUGGAUUAGAAAUUGUCUUGAACUAUAUCUUGCAGAAUUCUAUCAGAAAGAAUGGCAUAGGUAUUGCCUUCAUGGUGAUGUCCAAACUCUCGAUUCUUGGUCCAAAUGAUCCUGAGGAGAAAUAUAAAGAUAAGGUUGAGAAAGGGAUCGAAAUCUACCUCCAUCUGCUUAGCGAGCAAUAUGCAGAUUGGAAUGACGACAACAAGGUUAUGUAUCUGCUACCUAGGCUGAUUAUGUAUAUCAAACCUCUUGAGUUCUUCCUCAAGCUAUAUGUCACUAAUAACUACAACCAAUGUAAAGAGACUCCGGAGAAAAUUCAUGGGUAUGCCCAGAUAGAAGAAUUGAUCGAGAAGCUCUCAUCCUUUAUGGUGAAGACAUCCCAGACUAUCUUAAAACUUAACGAGAAGAAGAGCGAGAAGGAAAGCAUCUCUUGAAGUCUGCUUGAAAUGCUUCUAAAUAUCAUUGAUUAUUUGACAAAUUAUAGCGGCUGAUGAAUAUCGUUUUCCUUGUUUGUAAGGAUCUUGACUAUUUUGAAGCUGAAUUUCAUGCAAGAUAAUAACCUAGGCCCUUUGUUGUUCAGAGUUCUGAAGAUGUUCUCACGGAUCCAAGAUAGCGCAGAUGAUGAGAAGAUGGAAAAGCUAACCAAGCCAAUUCAGGAAUGAGUCAACUAUAUCUCUAAGAGUCCUGAUAUUAUAUCUUUCAUUGCUAUGAUAGAGUAUCUGAGAGACUUCCUACAGAAGUUUGACAAUUCAGAUAUGAAAAUUAAAUGUAAGGAUGAUUAUGCCUGGAAAUGCCUCGAUGAUAUUCUCACAUAUGACUACAUCAACAGAGAGGAAAUAGACCUUGCUGAGUACGGUAAAAAUGUCAUCUCCAAAGCUUUUUGAGAAAUUUUAAAGCAAGAUUUGUCCAAUAAUAGCAGGAUUGAUCACUCAGAGUUUAUCCCUCAUUACUAUGCAAAACUUAAUAAGAAAUUUGGGAUUAAACAUAUCGUUGAUUGCUGUUUCAUGCACUUUGAGAAUACCUCAGAAGCGUUCAAGAAGAAGUCAUUAGAGGAGAAAGUCAAGAUCAAGCAGGAUUGUGAGCUACUCCUAUUCAAAAAUAUAAUUCAAAUAGAAACCGACGAGAUGGAAUUCAACAAGCAGGAGGCUAUCAAAGUGAUAUCGAUGCAUUUAAAGGAAACCCAAUAA